UGCUUGUUAUGAAACAAACGGUGUGCUUGUUAUGAAACAAACGGAUGUUGUUGCUGCUGGGAGAACAAACGAACACGUUUCUUUGUGCUUUCCAUCUCGGACUAGUCAAAUUGUUUUCAUUCACAAUGUCAAUUGAGCCAAUUGGAGAAAUAAUAUAUAUUUGUCUUUUUAGAAUGUUGAGGAGUCCACAGAUUCUUGCUUUGACAUGCACGGCCAGGACCCACAGACCACUGCCACUCUCUUUAAGAGACCCCCGAAUGACUGCCCUAUCUGAGCAUACCUGUCAAAGUUGGACUGGAUCCAGAGCAGUGAGAAGGCUCCUUCAGGAUGAAGGGAAACAGGCAGCUUCCCCAUCAGCCAUCUCUUCACCUCCUGUCAGCAGAGGUUUCUCUUGUGUCCUAAACACACUACCCCGAAACACCUUCCAAAAAGCCACCCCUUUUAAUCGCCCUCCAAUGUCUCAGGAUUGUAGCUUUGUCACUUUUCAACAUCCACCACGAUUGUCAGCACUAGUAGCGUGUAACCCUUGGAAAACCACAUUUUUGGAACAUUUUGACAUCUCUAAAUCCCUGGUCAGUUCCAGUGACAUCAAGUGCCUUGUACAAAGGAGGCAAUCUGACAAUAGAAGCCAAUGUUCACUUUCAGCGGUCAAAGGGAACUGCACGUUCAGCGUUAAAAGUCAUUUUAAGAGUCUUGUUCGAAGUUGCACAGUUCGCAGGGACCUUUUUUACAGACUGCUUGUGUUCACAUCAAAACUGUGUACUGUUAAGCCCCGGCAGAGCCUCUCUAGACCUACCUGCCUAUCCCUUCAGAGCCGCCGCCUGCACCAGGCUGCCACCCCUCCGCUCGAGGGUGCCCUAUGGCGGUGCCUGUCCCCGGAGAACGAGGCGCGCUGCCGGCAGAGCCUGGGGCCCAACGUGGCCCUGUAUGAGAAAGACAUCCAGGGGAAGGGGGGGGCUAGCAAAGCCUCUGGGAGUUGGGCAGCCGUGCUGGUCGCUCUCUGCUCCGUGGACGGGGAGUCCGCCUUCCUCUUCACCCUCAGGUCCGCAGAACUGAAGGGCAGACACAAGGGGGAUGUCAGUUUUGCAGGGGGCAAGCGCGACCCCUCGGACAAAGAUGUCGUUGACACCGCCCUCCGAGAAGCCUGUGAGGAACUGGGUGUCACUGUGGCAACGGAGCAAGUGUGGGGAGUGCUGAAACCAUUACGGGACAUGUCUGGAAUGGUCAUCGCCCCGGUACUGGCCAACCUUGGUCCGCUAGAGGCGCUGUCCUUCAAGCCCAAUCCUGCCGAGGUAGAUGAGAUCUUCACCCUGACCCUCUCCCACGUAUGCAGCCCCCGCAAUCGAGGGUACACCCACUUCCGCACUGGCGAUCGCUACGGAUACACCCUGCCUGUGUUCCGGAACGGGAAGCACCGCGUGUGGGGUCUCACAGCUGUGGCCCUGGAGCACACGCUCAAACUCCUCGUGCCGCCGUGACACGCAGUCAUGCCUGCCGAUCACUCCCGGUUCUUGUAAAGCAAAGGGUUUGGGUGACGGCGGGAUGAACUGAUGAUUUGGUUCAUUAUAUGCAGCGGGGCCCAGCUAGUCAAUUCUAAAGUUCAGUGUGUCCCUUGAAAGCAUAUUGUACAGUAUAUUAGAAGUAAUAUAAUGGGCUGUAUUAAAUAUCUGAUAGGAUCAUGCAAUACUCAAUCGACUUCCAUGUCAAGAUUUGUUCACACAAAGGCCUUAAUGCCCUCUUUUCUUUUUUUAAAUACCAACAGUCAGAACAGAAAGUUGGCAACCCAAAUGGGAUUUCAAACAGCAGUCAUUUGCUUGUAGUAACUGUUGGGUGAUCUAGGCAUGUGGUUCUGCUCAUUCUGAGGUUCGGUGGCAGACUGAGAUAGCAACAACAUUCCACGUGAACAUGUCCGAGUUGCUUGGAAUGUUGUAAAACAAUUGUAGUAGGUACAAUCACUGCCUCUACUGAUGAUCCAAAAUCAAAACAAGUCCUUUUUUGCUAGCCAAAACAGUCAGUCAGCUGUUCAGCUUGCUGGCAUAUGCACUUGUAAAUAUUUAAAGAGCUAGUUUGGUACCACAUUGCUUAUGCUGAGUGACAUAAUGAUUUGACCAUUCAGAGUGUUGCAGGAAUUGGAUUUGAAUCUUAUUUCAAACCACCAAUGAAUAAGGUUUUAAGCAUCAAAUUCUAUGUACUACAGGAACAUUUAAAUCUUGACAGUUAAUUGAAUCACUAAAGCCUUAUGAAGGUACCAUGUUU